UAAAAGAUAAACAAAAUGUACUUAAUUUUUGUCAGGUCUUUAAAUAACGAAGAGAGAGAGGAGAGAUUCACAUCACUCGAUAAACGCGUCUCUCUCUGCGCCUGUCUUUCGAUUUGUUCCAUCUUCGAAGUCUUCGAGAGAUCUUUGUUGAUCUCUCUAUUUGUUGCGCUGCGAUCUCUGUUGAUCUCAACAGUACCGUGUUUUGCAGCCAACUUAACUGAAACAGGGAUGGGGCUGACCUUCACAAAGCUGUUCAGCAGGCUUUUUGCCAAGAAAGAGAUGCGAAUUCUGAUGGUAGGUCUUGAUGCUGCUGGUAAGACUACUAUUUUGUACAAGCUCAAGCUUGGAGAAAUUGUCACAACAAUCCCAACUAUUGGAUUUAAUGUGGAGACCGUGGAAUAUAAGAACAUUAGCUUCACUGUUUGGGAUGUAGGGGGUCAGGACAAGAUUCGUCCAUUGUGGAGGCAUUACUUCCAAAACACUCAGGGUCUCAUAUUUGUAGUGGAUAGCAAUGACAGGGAUCGAGUUGUUGAGGCAAGGGAUGAGCUGCAUAGGAUGCUGAACGAGGAUGAACUCAGAGAUGCUGUUUUGCUUGUAUUUGCUAACAAACAAGAUCUGCCUAAUGCAAUGAACGCUGCGGAGAUAACUGACAAGCUUGGUCUUCACUCACUCCGCCAACGCCACUGGUAUAUCCAGAGCACAUGCGCAACAUCUGGGGAGGGUCUCUACGAAGGCUUGGACUGGCUUUCCAACAACAUUGCUAGCAAGGCAUAAGAAUAUCAAGGAUUGUGGUUGCUGGUGGUCUUUUUGCUGGAAGCAUGGGAAGAUACUGUGUAGGCUGUUUAUGUUUAUCUUUGCAAUUCCUAGAAAUGAUACUCUUAAAUUUUUAGGUGACGUAUUAGCAAAAUGGUUGGAUGGAUAUACUUUUUGAAGCUAUUGUUUGGUUUUGUACAACUGCUGCCUCGGAUAUUACUUCUUAUUAGCUGUAAAUGCUACUAUUAUGGUUCACUUCACUUUGAAAUGAGCAACUAUUUUGUUGUCUUUGGUUUUUA